ACAGCCUCUGGCCAGGGUCUGGUAGGCGCCUUCUGUUCUCAGGUCUGGCAGCCUGGUAGCGAGCUUUCCUACUACGGCAACGGACAGUCCUUCCUCUUCCGUCUUCGGCCCGGUUCCCCAAGCAUAUGGAGGUGGUGUGGGGAAAGUGUGAAUGGCACUGACCGAUUCCAGCGUGCUACUGCUAGGUUCCUCGAAGUGGGCGGCGGCUUGGACUCGGGACCAGCAGCUCUGCGACUGGAAACCGGUCUGGAAAUGGCCCAGAGCGGUCCGAGUCCUACAUUUAACAGUGAGUGUCUCAUCGCACCCGAGGAUAGGGAGAUGCAGUCUGACUUGGGAGAGGGAAAAGAAUACUGCAACUUCCGGGUCUCAGCUGUCGAUGUGUUGGGCUUCAAAUCUUCUGCAUUUUAG